GAGUCAUUGAGCGUCAGUUUCGCUUUAGUUGCGCCGGCAUGGAGACGUCCGAGUGUUGUGUGCCGAGCGAGCGGUGACUAUGAAUGCUUGUGAUGGUGAGACAGACUUUGCUUGCCCACGCUCUCGUCGUAUGUCUCUCACAUUCGACUGUAUACGCGACGCGGUGACCAAUCUCUACCGUGUUGACGAUUUUUCAUUGGAAGAGUUGGGUACGGGCUUCUUCUCGCGAGUUUAUAAGGUUCAGCAUCGCGCCACUGACGAGGUGAUGGUGCUGAAACUGAACAAAAAUGCGAGCAAUCGCCAGCAGGCCUUGAAAGAGGUGCAGCUGAUGAAGCGGCUCAGUCACCCGAACAUUCUCAGGUUUUUGGGCGUUUGCGUGCACGAAGGUCAACUACACCCGUUGACAGAGUUCAUCAACGGUGGAAAUCUGGAGGAAUUGCUGCUCGACAGAAAGCCGGCAUUGUCGUGGACUCUCCGACUGGGACUGGCCCGCGACAUUGCGCGUGGAAUGGGAUAUUUGCACUCGCGUGGCGUCAUCCACAGAGAUCUUACUUCCAAGAAUUGCCUCAUACGACAGCUUGAGGGUGGCAAACUGUCUGCUGUUGUGGCAGAUUUUGGUCUUGCUGCUAAGCUACCGCGCAUGAGUUUGACGCCAGAUGGAAGGCAUGUACUAUCAGUUGUUGGAACGCCAUACUUUUCUGCACCAGAAGUGCUGAGAGGAGAGAGAUAUGAUGAAAAGGCCGAUGUUUUUUCGUUUGGAAUCAUACUCUGCCAGGUCAUUGCACGCAUCGUUGCCGACCCCGAGGAGUUACCCAGAACUAACUCAUUUGGCGUUGACGAGUUCUCACUGAGAAGGAAGUGUGUAGAUUGCCCGUCUGUCCUGUGGAACUUGGCAAUGGACUGUUGCCAGUUGGAUCCAUCUGAGAGGCCCGAUUUUCCAACCGCUGAACAGAGACUCGGAACGAGCCUUCUCAUGCCGUGCCCGGAUACUCCACCGUUACCUUCAGAGCUUAACUCAUGUCGAGCCUUUGAGUUAUUUUCGUUACCUCUGCGAGGCGAUCAGUUCUCUACUACUACGCCCGUUGGUGCAAAUGUGAGGAGAUCGGCCAGCUUUAACCACAUCCAUCGGUCGUCUCGGUCCAAGAGUGUUGACAGGACAUUCUCGUCACCUUUAAAUCAUACUGUUACCAGACAGCCUGUCUGCCCGUCGUCUGUCAUCUUGCAGGAUACGUCGUGGCCUGCUGGUAUGAGUGGCAAGGGAGAGAGUAACAAAGACAGCUGUGUCUUGUCAGGUCCGUCGUCUUGUACUGAUCCCUUACCUCUCAUUAGUAACACAGCAGAUGAAGCGUGUAGCGGUGUGCCAUGUGCUGUCGACAAGGAAGGCUUUUUGACUACGAGACCUUGCCAUUUGGUUGUGAACCACUGCGACGACAUAGUAAGACCUAACAGCACACCGCCGGUGAUUUGUCAUCACACGACGGAAACAUUUCAAGUCCCUCAAUCUGUUGACUCGUCGUGUUUCAGUGAAGAACUGUUUGUCAAUACGGGAACAGAUGAAAACAUGGGUGAAACUAUACCGCUGAUGUUCUCAUCUCAUUGUAACGGAUUUGCGACCGAGAGCCCGACCUUGACUCCCCCUCCAACGCCAUCCGAAGACUCAACUGUACAGUCCGACGUGUUCCACACUUCACCGCCAGGAAGAGGUCCGUCUCCCAAAAUGCACAGGAAGGGCACGACAACACCAGUGAGAGACACCAUCAUGUAUCCGUACUCGCUACACAACUCACCACGAGUACGGAGAAAAGCUCUUGUGACCGUCCGACGAGAACUGUCUUGGCGCGACAGACAAUUUCUUGAUUUGGACAAUGUAACUAGUGAUGUAAUUCCCGCCAAGUCUUCCGCUCAGCUGUCCCCGGAUCCUUGCGACCGUCGACAGGGAUCAGUACCUAAUGUCUAUAUGACGACGUCUGUAGAUAAAGGAGUAAACAGGAGACAUUGUCGGAAUGCUACCGUCUCGGGUUGCAUAACCUCAGAACUGACACACUACAUUGGAUUGAACGGUUUUACGUGGCAGACCAAUUCUGCUCCAUCGAGUCCAUCGGGCGUUCCACAUGGAUACGGAUCCAUAUUCCAGAAUCCGGGGAGCGAAGCCUGCCUCGAGUCUAACAGCCAGUUCUCUGGGGCUGCUGGUCAGAGCCACUGAUCAUGCAGUGUGUGUAUCAUUGCAACGAGAAUAUAGUUUUUAUUAAUUGAUUAGCAUUCUGUGUGCAAGGUUUCAUAGUAGAGAUCAGGCCUAUAUUUGUCACUUAUUUUGAGAGGUAUGUACUGUUAAUGAAGAUGCGUAUAGAGCAGAACAGAUAUUUACUGAUGCGCCGAUACUAAAGGAGUAUUGCACCGGGAUGGUGUUUGUAAAGGACGAGAUAACGCUUUACUGUAGGCAAGCAAGGUGGCUGUUGAAUGUAAUAGAUAUACUGAGAUGUAUAGAAUUAAUACGUGUGAUGGUUGUGACGAUUUUACUCGAUUGUAAUAAAGGCAGAUUAAUGUGUGACGUAA